ACACCGUAGUGAACGAGUCGACGCAUCGAACAUACCUACCGAUUUGACGUGUGAAAGAAAAACGGAUCUACCCAAAGCGGGUGGAUGUUGAUACGAGUGACAGUACGAUUUACUGAUAUUUAAUAUUCGCUACUACGUUACAUUCGAAUUGCAGCUGCUAACAUGAUGUCUGAUCGGAAAGCAGAGUUGGAAAGAAAAAAGGCCAAGCUACAGGCGAUUCGAGAAGAAAAAGAGAGGCGGCGAAGAGAAAAGGAGCAAAAAGAUGUUGAAGAGGCAACAGUACGAGCUGCGGGGGCUGAUAAGGAUCAUCGAAAAGAUUUGGAUGCUAUGCUAUCAUCGUUAGGAGUAGCACCGGUAUCAGAUGUCUUGUCAAGUCUAUCUAGCAUGAACUCAUUAACUCCGGAGCAAAGUGCCAAUGCAACACCGGACGCAAGUUUACAGCCUUCUAGUAUCAAUUCCGUUCAAAGUAUUUCAGGGAGGCGAAAAGCGCCACGUGAUUUAACUGCAGUGUCAGUGGCACAUACUGACAUUCCACCGAAAGAACCUGUGGUAUAUAGCAAGCAGACGCAGACGGCGCAAACUACGCACACUUCACACGACGGACUGUCCACCUCUUCCUCUACAUACUCGAUCUACUCCUGUUCAACAACCACACCAACUCACUCUUGCUCCGCAGGCUACUUUGAGACCGACUGGUGGCGUCCCAGGAAAGGUGGGUCUGCACCAAACUACCUAUCUCAUGCAUUUGGCUAUUACGACGAGUACAAUCUAAAUCCUGGUUUAGAGUGGGAGGACGAGUUUACAGUUUUGACAUUUGAUGAUGGCCAAGCCGAGGAUGAAGAAAGCAGCCUACCCCACAUGGAUGGAUUUCAGAGCAAGCUACCACCAGGAAUCUUACCCCAUGGGCUACCGCUAGUCAAAGAAGUCCAGCCAGCCGUAACGCAGGUGGAGCAGGAAAAGAAAAAAGAAAAGCCUAAAGAAGUAAGAGAACUAAGCGAAGAAGAAAAGUUAAUGACCAUUUUAUCAGAAGAGUUCCAACGGUUUCUGGAUCGCACGAGCAGAGUAGUAGAAAGAGCUCUAGGUGAAUCCGUAGAUAUUUACACCGAUUACACCGGUAUAAUCGAUGGAGAAGACGGAAUUGAUGAAAAAAGUCACCAGCGGCUAUCUCUGAACCGUUCAUUCUUUUGUGAUCGAUGGUCCCGUAAUCGGUGUAUCACUUCGUUGGACUGGUCGCCGCAAUUUCCUGAGUUGCUAGCAGCAUCAUAUAAAAACAACGAUGACAUACCAAAUGAUCCAGAUGGAGUGUGUUUAAUCUGGAAUACCAAAUUCAAGAAGACAACACCUGAAUACAUUUUUCAUUGCCAGUCUUCAGUAAUGGCAACUACUUUUGCUAGAUUUCAUCCAAAUCUGAUUUUGGGUGGGACUUACUCCGGGCAAAUUGUUUUAUGGGAUAAUCGAGUUCAAAAGCGCACUCCAAUCCAGCGUACCCCGCUGUCUGCAUCGGCGCACACUCAUCCUGUAUAUUGUUUGAACGUAGUAGGAACGCAGAAUGCACAUAAUUUAAUUAGCAUUUCAACUGACGGAAAAUUAUGUUCUUGGAAUUUGGAUAUGUUAUCUCAACCUCAAGAAACGCUUGAGCUUCAAACAAGACAGUCUAGACCGAUUGCUGUUACUUCACUUGCUUUUCCAAGCGAAGAUGUGAACAAUUUUGUGGUCGGUAGUGAAGAUGGUACCGUUUAUUCGGCAUGUCGACAUGGAGCUAAAGCUGGUGUAACAGAGACUUACGAAGGACAUUUAGGGCCGAUCACCGGCGUGAGUGCUCAUGCGGUACAGGGCGGCAUUGAUUUUUCUCAUCUUUUCUUGACUUCAUCAAUUGAUUGGACCAUAAAAUUAUGGAGUCUGAAAGAAAAUAAGCCGUUAUAUUCAUUCGAACACAAUGGAGAUUACGUAUAUGAUGUAGCAUGGUCUCCGACUCAUCCCGCUUUAUUCGCUGCUGUUGAUGGAUCUGGACGUUUAGAUAUAUGGAACUUAAAUCAGGAUACCGAGGUGCCAGCGGCGAGCGUUGUUGUCGAUGGAUGCCCUGCAUUGAAUACGGUAUCUUGGACACCGAGCGGGUUGCACGUUACUGUCGGCGAUGAUACUGGAAAGAUCUGGGUUUACGAUGUGGCUGAACAUUUUGCACAUCCUCGAAAUGACGAAUGGAAUAAUUUCCUCUACACACAGCAAGACCUCAAGAACAACAAAGCAGAUGAAGAAUUAGACAAACUUAACUUGAGUUCUGGUCCUUCCUCUCUGAUAUCUAUGUCGUCAUUGUCAUCAGGUCCGAUCAGAUAGAAAAAAGAAAAUUAUUCAAAUAAUCUCAGUGAUUUGAUAGGUACUGAUUAAAUACCCACUGAAAUUAAUAAUACCAGUUCAUAUACGAAUAACUACAUUUUACUGGCUCUUGCAUAAGUGAAGUAAACAUCAAAGAAGAAUUUAAUGUAACGCAACAUCUUAUCGAUGUGGUCAGAAAAAUAAUCAGUUAAUACAUAGUAAUUGUAAAGUCAAGUUAGCUUAAACUCAUACUUGUGUAAAGCCCUUCGAUUUAUUAUACUUGCACAUCUUUACCUUGACCAGACAUACUGAUUGGAUGUAAAAUGUAAGUGAGCUAUGGUUCAUAGAAGUUCGAAAUGUUAGAACUUUGUUGCAGUUAAUGUUGCGUUAGAUUCUAAAAACUUGUAUCGUAUAUUAUGAAUUGAGAGUCAAACUUGAGUGAUUCAUUUUCCAGCAAAACAAGUUGUUGAGGAUUAGUUAAGGAACUCUAGUACCAUGGUCUCUUAUGUCGAUUUAUUAUGUCUUGUUCAGUUAGUGCUACGUUCUUUAUUUAAUUUUGUUAUGUUCUAUUUAUAAAUAAAUGUAUAAAUGUAUUGCUUCAUACACUAAACUGUAAAAUACUAUAAAGGUAAAAUGAUUAUAUCCACUUACAGCCACGAGUAUGUUAUAUUUUAUGCUUCGUUUUUAUAUUUCCAGUAAACACUCUUUUGUUAACAAUAAAACCUAAGCUACAAAAUCAAA